CGCCUGCCGCACUGGACCUCCUUCUGCGUGCGCUACAGCGCCGUCCGCAACGACCAGUUCGGCCUCUCGCACUUCAACUGGCCGGUGCCGGGCGCCAACUACCACGUCCUGCGCACCGGCUGCUUCCCCUUCAUCAAGUACCACUGCUCCAAGGCCCCCUGGCAGGACCUGGCCCUGCAGAACCGCCUCUUCACGGCGCUCAAGGUCAUCAACCUCGGUAUUCCAACGUUACUGUAUGGCCUUGGCUCCUGGUUAUUUGCCAGAGUCACAGAGACUGUGCAUACCAGUUAUGGACCGAUAACAGUUUAUUUUCUAAAUAAAGAAGACGAAGGUGCCAUGUAUUGAAAGUGUGCGUUGGAGAACAUAAAUAUUGGUGGAUUUUUCUCUCGUGUAUAUACGCAAUAUUUAUUUUUGAUCCUUUCAAAUAAAACUUUGGCAAACACCUG